CUCAGCGCGUCGCGUCGGGGCUUGUGCGAGAGGAACGGCCGCCGCCGCCGCCGCCGCCUUGCGCCGAGAGGCAGGAACCGGGUCGAGGGGGCGCCUGGGCGGCUGCCGCGGCCGCUGGCCGGUCUCGUGGGCGGACGCGCCUUCGCGCUGCUCCCUCCCUCCCUCCCUCGGUCGCUCGCAACCGACACCAACCGCUGCCGGGAGGAUGCGCCGCCGCUGCCUGGCCCGAAGAGGCAGACGGGGGAGACGAUGAAGGAGCUGCCCCGUCGGCUCCUGUUACUGGCCUCCUGCUUCCUCCUCGGUUGCCUGCUCGGACUUCCCAGCUGGUAUGUCUUUUGUAAAGAGACUCCUUCAUCUGCAUCUUUGUUUUCACCGAAUGAGAACUCUCCCUUGGCAAACAUGGAUGAAAACAUCCAGGAAAAGUGUCCGAGUUUGCACAUCACAACAAUCCACAUGAAUGAGCAAGAACAAGAGGAGACUGAUGGAUCCAUUGGAACACUGUCUUUAGAACACACUGAUUCCAGCAUAAGCAGUUAUCAUGAAGAAUGUUCAGUUGACUGCACAAAGCAAAAAGAGAGCGUGGAAAUGGGGGAAUUAAGGAUGCAUGAAGUUGAGCCACAGUCAUCAGUGGAUUCAAAUGAAGCUUCUCUUAGCAUAGCUGAUAUCCCUGGGAAUACUUUCAGCAUAUCUACCUCAGAGAUCUCACCAGUCUCUCAGCCAAAUGCAAUAGAGAAUUCUAGUGCUGAUAUCCCCGUAAUCAGCUCUGCUGAAGGUGAACAGUCAGCACCUGAUUGUGAUAUUGGUGGGGUACUUGAGGCUGACCCUCAGAGUGAGCCUUCCUUUCUUGUCACUUCACCAGAGAGCCUUGUAGGUCAACAUAUAGAAAAUAUCUCUUCACAUAGAAAGGGAAAGAUGACUAAAUCAGAAUUUGACCCCAAAGUCGCUGCAACUGAGCAAAAGACAGAUCCAAAAUCUGCCCUGAAUGCUUCUGGUAACGUAAGAGGAGAGAGGAAAGCAGGAGAUAUUGACCCAACUUCUGUAAUAACCCCAAAGGACCCAGGCGAUAUUCCCACAUUUGACGAGUGGAAGAAGCAGGUUAUGGAAGUGGAAAAAGAGAAGAGUCAGUCAAUGCAUCCAUCUUCCAAUGGAGGUCCACAUCUAGCAAAAAAAGUCCAGAAAAAUAGGAAUAAUUAUGCUUCAGUAGAAUGUGGUGCCAAAAUAUUGGCCGCUAACCCAGAGGCAAAGAGUACAUCAGCUAUACUUAUGGAGAAUAUGGAUCUCUACAUGCUGAAUCCAUGCAGUACUAAAAUCUGGUUUGUUGUGGAACUGUGUGAACCAAUUCAAGUAAAGCAGCUGGACAUUGCCAAUCAUGAGUUAUUCUCAUCUACUCCCAAGGACUUUCUGGUGUCUAUCAGUGACAGAUAUCCAACAAAUAAGUGGGUCAAGCUAGGCACUUUUCACGCUAGAGAUGAGAGAAAUGUCCAGAGUUUUCCACUGGAUGAACAGAUGUAUGCCAAAUAUGUAAAGAUGUUCAUCAAGUACUUAAAGGUGGAGUUGAUAUCACAUUUUGGAUCAGAACACUUUUGUCCUUUAAGCCUUAUAAGAGUGUUUGGAACUAGCAUGGUUGAAGAAUAUGAAGAAAUAGCUGAUUCACAGUACCAGUCUGAAAGGCAGGAGCUGUUUGAUGAAGACUAUGAUUAUCCUUUGGACUACAAUGUAGGAGAAGAAAAACCUUCAAAAAAUAUUCUUGGUUCUGCCACAAAUGCCAUUUUAAAUAUGGUGAAUAUUGCUGCUAAUAUCCUUGGAGCAAAAACUGAAGAGGACUCAGCUGAACAAGGAAAUCAGAGUGUGCCUGAAAAUACAACUGCUAUAUCCAGGGCAGCACCCAAACUCCCAGAGCCAACCACCAUUCCUUCUUUAGAGCUUGUUACUUCAGAGAUACCACAAACUGAAAAGGAGCUGUUAGUCUUAGAUAAAACAAGAGAGAGCCCAAUUGUUCAGCUAGUCCAUGAAUAUGAAGAGGAAGCAAGUCAGUCAACAGUGACUCUACUUCCCAGUGAUGAACAAGAAGAAGAAAUUCCAUGGUUUGAGUCUGAAACACAAAUCUAUUGCUGUGAGUUGGUGACAGUCUGUUGUAUUUCCAGUUUUUCAGAAUAUUUGUACAAGUGGUGUUCAGCAACAGCCGCUCUUCAUCGCCACCGUAGCAAAACUGACACCAGUUGGGAAAAAUAUUUCGCAGUUACUACUUGGCAGGCCCAGCUAGUUCCAACCAAAUCAUUGCAUAUUUCGGUACAUGAACAUCCUCCAGAGAAAUUGGAGUCCUUAAUUGUAGAGCCAUCCAAAACAGUUGUAAGUGUCUUAAGCAGUAUGUUGAAUGAAGCUAUGAUUAAUCAGACCGAGGGUACUUUUGAACUGGAGCCUAGUCAUCCUCAAACUGUGUCUCAGUCCAUUCUCCUGGAUGUUACAACAGGAGCCAAGUUGCUGUCUACAAUAGAAGUGUCCUCAGAACCUAAAAAACAAAAAGCUGUAUCUGAAAGCCCAGAAGUACCUUUCCAAGAGGAAAUCCCUGCUGAAGAUGAUGGAGUUAUAGGCUCUGUUACAGAGAAGCCAUCUGCAAGCAGUAUUGUAACUGAAUUGAAGGAGAUGAGCACAGAAGAAAAAGUCUCUAACGAAAUAAUUUUGAAACCAACAGAGACUGUUCCACAGUCUGAAUGUACAGUAGCCUUAGAAAGCUAUGAUGGGGAAACAAAAGUUAGUUCUUUGGAAAUGGAAACACCAGUGGAGUCUCUUGUUGUAGAGUCAUCGGCUUUGGAAAUAAAAGAUGAUGAGCAGACAGUUGAGGAAACAUUUCUUGCUAUUCCCGUUUCUGGUGGUUUACCACGAACUGCUACAGACUUUUAUGCUGAAUUACAAAAUUCCACAGACUUGGGUUAUGCAAAUGGGAAUCUUGUUCAUGGAUCAAACCAAAAAGAGUCUGUGUUUAUGAGACUCAACAAUCGUAUUAAAGCCUUGGAAGUAAAUAUGUCUCUCAGCAGCCGCUAUUUGGAAGAACUUAGUCAAAGAUAUCGUAAGCAAAUGGAAGAAAUGCAGAAGGCUUUUAAUACAACUAUAAUAAAACUUCAGAAUACCUCACGCAUAGCAGAACAGCAGGAUUUGAAGCAGACAGAGGCCAUCCAGCUUCUUCAGGCACAACUGACCAAUGUGACACAACUUCUGUCCAAUCUGUCAUCAAGUGUGGCUGAACUAAAAAGAGAGGUUUCUGAUCGCCAAAGCUAUCUUGUGAUUACUUUGGUACUCUGUGCCAUCCUAGGUUUGAUGCUUUUCGUUCAGCGUUGCAAAAAUAAGGCAGAGUUGAAUGAUGAUUACUUCUCAAAAGUUCCCAAAAGUAAUCACUAUCCUAGUCCCAAAAGAUGUGUUUCUUCGUAUGAUGACAUGAAUUUGAAAAGAAGAACCUCCUUUCCACUCACCAGGUCUCAGUCUUUUCAGCUAAACAGUAAAGAAGUGGGCCCAGAUGACUUCUACAUUGUAGAACCAUUGAAGUUUUCCCCAGAAAAAAAGAAGAAACGGUGUAAAUAUAAAAGUGAGAAAAUUGAAACUGUCAAGCCGGUAGCUGAGCCAGUGCAUCGAGUAGCUAAUGGAGAAAUAAAAAGCAGGAAGCCAUUUACAAAUCAGAGAGACUUCUCUAAUAUUGGCGACGUAUAUCACUCUUCAUACAAAGGUCCCCCAUCAGAAGGAAGUUCAGAAACUUCAUCACAGUCUGAAGAGUCCUACUUCUGUGGCAUUUCAGCAUGCACAGGUUUGUGCAAUGGACAAAUCCAAAAGACAAAAACUGAGAAGAGGGCUUUGAAACGAAGACGAUCUAAAGCACCAGAACAGGAGAAGCUCAUAAAAGCUUUAAUACAGACUAAGACAGGGUCCUUACCAAGUCUGCACGAUAUCAUCAAAGGAAACAAGGAUUUAACCGUGGGAACACUCGGUGUCACAGCUGUUUCUGGACACCUUUAAAAUUCAUAGAACUCUUCAUAAUGGGAGCUUUUUGUAUGACAAAUCUUGUAGUGUUUGGGUGACAGGGAAGAAGAGGUUGGUUUAUUGGGCAAAAUUAUGUUGUUCUUUUAAAAAUAGAUAAGAUUGUGUCAACAACUAUCCUUGAUUAAUAAGCUUCAGCUUUUUUCAAAGCUGACUUUAUAUAUGGACAACUUUGGAAUUGGUUAAGAUUGUAAAUGGGGCCGGGGGGUGGGGGACUCAUUUAUACAGUGUUUUUCACAAUUGCUGAAGAUAACAUCUUGAAACUCAGUUUCAGCGGAACAGAGUUAAAGCAUAAUUGUUUCCCAUUUUGCUAUGGUCCUAUUUUUAGCACCUUCACAUAUUUAUGUGCCUUUUGUCUAUUUAUAAUACCAUUGGAGGGGAAUUAUUUUUAUAUUUAAACUCUCCUAGAAAUACAACACUAAACUGCUACAUAGAACAAUAUGUUUGCCUCCAGUGAGACUAAGUGAUGUGAUGGAUAGUGUGGAAAUAUUGCCAGGUAGACUUUCUCUUUAGAUCUUCAUUUUUAAACUCACUUGUUACCUUCUGUUUUAGCAAUUAAUAUCAUUAUUCAAUGGUACAGUACCCCUAGAGGAUGUGAUACUAACAAACUUACCUUGUUGCCCAGACUGACUUGAUUAACAAAGAUAAUCAGCAUUGUGCUCUUUAGUUGUCUUCCUGUGCUAAGAAAUUGGGAGGAAGAACCAUUAGCCCCAUUUCCAGAUAAAUUUGGUAUUCAAUAGAAAAGCAGCUAUGAGUUUGAAGCUUGACACAAUCUAUAAUCUGUUCCAAAAGGUAUGUCCAUAUUGUUUGCUUUUGUAUUGGGUAACAUAUGUGCUCUGUGUGUGAGAGUGUGUGUGUAUGUGUACUUUCUCAUGUGAGUUAAUUUUUAUUGCAUAGCUGGAAUGUAAGUACAUCAGAGUGAAUGUGAUGGAAGAGUUUGAAGUUAUGUUGCAAAAGUUAACUUAUUGAGCACUUUAAUAGUGUCUCCUUGUGGUCUUUUCUUAAAAGAGUUAACGCCUUUCCUGAAUAUCAUACAUAAUGUGACUUAUUUGAAGUCUUUGUUCUUCAGCUUUCAUGUUAGAGUAUUUUUUACAGUGAUGUACUUAGUCUGCACAGCUAGCCAGCCUAAGACAUGGACCUGCUUUUUUAAGAACAUGGGUAGGGAUGGGGGCCCAAACAAGAAUGGAAAUCGAAAGGGUUUAUAUACCAUUUGCGUGAAUCAAUACAAAAUUGUGGCACUAGAACUUUUAAUAAACUACUACAGUGCCAGUAGAAACUGUGAAUUUCCAAAUAAAUCUCAACACUUGUCUUUAAA